UCUUCCUUACCUUAUAUUUUUUCCAUUUAUAAUAAAUUAAAUUUCUCUGUAUUAAAAAACUUCUCUGUGUGUAUUAAAAAGCUUCUUCUUCUCCUUCUCUCUUUCUCUGUGUUUGGUUACACUUGGCACGUAAGGUUCUUGCCUUUAUAGCUUUUCGUCAUCCGACAGCUUCAUUACAAAUAAAGAUGUCAGGUGCAUUAAUCUUGGUGUUGGCGUUAACCAGCCUGAUUACGGUUUACGCGAAGACUCACGGCGCCGGGAGAAUAUGCGACGAACUUGGCCGGCGAUCAUUGAGUACGAGACCGCACAGCGUCUCAAUCGCAGAGUUUGGAGCUGUUGGAGACGGCAAAACGCUCAACACUCUCGCGUUUCAAAACGCAGUUUUCUAUCUAAUGUCGUUCGCAGACAAAGGUGGGGCCCAGCUCUACGUCCCUCCCGGUAAAUGGCUCACCGGAAGUUUCAGCCUCACCAGCCAUCUCACUCUCUUUCUCGAAAACGGCGCCGUUAUAGUUGCCUCUCAGGAUCCAUCGCAUUGGGAAGUUGUUGAACCGUUACCAUCAUAUGGACGAGGGAUUGAUUUGCCUGGGAAGCGAUACAAGAGUUUGAUAAGCGGUCAUAUGCUACAUGAUGUUAUUAUAACAGGUGAUAAUGGUACUAUCGAUGGCCAAGGCUUGGUUUGGUGGGAUCGGUUUAAUUCUCAUUCCUUAAAGUACAACCGUCCUCACCUUGUCGAGUUUAUUUCGUCCCAAGAUGUAACUAUCUCGAAUGUCACGUUUCUGAACGCACCGUGUUAUACAGUCCAUGCAAUAUACUCUAGCCAUGUAUAUAUUCAUAAGAUAUUGGCUCAUUCUUCUCCUGGAUCUCCUUAUACAAUCGGCAUUGUACCAGAUUCUUCUGAUAAUGUAUGCAUCCAAGACUCUACAAUCAACAUGGGGUACGACGCGAUCUCACUCAAAAGCGGUUGGGAUGAAUAUGGAAUCUCCUACGCUCGUCCCACUAAAAACGUUCAUAUAAGAAACGUUAACCUUCAAGCAGCUUCCGGUUCAUCUAUCUCCUUUGGCAGUGAAAUGUCAGGUGGAAUAUCUCACAUUAUGGUCGAUAACGCCUUUAUGCAUAACUCAUUAACCGGCAUUGCCUUUAGAACCACAAAAGGAAGAGGCGGUUACAUCAGAGAGAUCGAUGUUUCGAAUAUCGAUAUGUCGAGGAUCGGUACUGCUAUUGUGGCUAACGGCAGCUUCGGUUCUCAUCCGGAUGAUAAGUUUGACGCGAAUGCUCUUCCCUCAGUGAAUAGCAUUAGAUUAAGCAACGUCUCUGGAGUGAAUAUCGGUGUUGCGGGGGAGUUGUUUGGUAUUAAAGAGGCUCCGUUUAGUGCAGUGGUCUUAUACAAUGUUUCUUUGUCGAUGAGCUCUGGUUCUUCUUCUGGUGUUUUUUGGAGUUGCUCCUAUGUUUGCGGAUCUUCUAAGCUCGUGACACCUGAACCGUGUCCUGAGCUUAUGAGAGCUGAUAAUGGUUAUGGUAGAGCUACAUUCUAAAACU